UUGGACUAGUAUAUUUAUCUCUCUUUCAUACUAGUUUCACUGACAUUGAGAAGUGGAAAUUUUCACUUUUUUCUCGAGGGAUGAUAUAGAUAGAUAGUAGUUUACUAGUAGUCUAGUAGUAGUCCAGUAGCUGAAGAGAGCUGAAACGGGGUGGCGAUAGAUAAUGCGUCAACUUCACGGAGAUCAAGAAAUGCAGGGAUGAACUGAACAUUCAACAGACCAAGAGAGACAGAAAAUACCAAGUACUCUAGUCAGUUGUUGUUGUUUGUCUUUUGGGAUUCUAGGCUACCUUUGUUUUGCAUUUUGCAUUAUUCAACUCCUGUUUCCCGCUUUUGGGAUAUCGGAAUUCUGCUUCUUCUGCUCAUCUGCUGCUGCCGCAAUGAAUUGAAUUCAUUCCUCGGAAGGUUUCAUUGAUUUCUCUGGGGAUUGAAGGAAGAUGAAUACCAGAGCCAGGACUGCUGUGCAGUCUAUGAGAGCACCUCCUGUAAAGCAAGAAAAAGAAAAAGUGGAAAUACAAGGUAAGAGGAUAAUGAAUGCUCAGAAAGCAACCACAAGACGAGUAUCAAUCCGAGAAAGAAAGAAAGCAUUGCAGCAAGAUGUUGACAAGUUGAAGAGAAAACUCAGACAAGAAGAAAAUGUUCACAGAGCUUUGGAAAGGGCAUUCACCAGACCUCUUGGAGCUUUGCCUCGUCUUCCUCCCUAUCUACCUCCUCAUACACUGGAGCUGCUUGCCGAAGUUGCUGUUUUGGAAGAGGAGGUCGUUCGGCUUGAAGAGCAAGUUGUGCAGUUCAGGCAAGGAUUGUAUCAGGAAGCAGUGUACAUCUCAUCGUCAAAGAGGAACAUGGACAAUUCACAUGAUGUAUGUGACCAGUACCAAACGAAUGAUUGGAAACAAAAGCAGUCUAAGUUGUCAAUUCAAGCUGAAGAAAAUUCCAUAGUAUCCAGAGGGAGGCAUUUAACAUUUCUCACAGAUGAUGCACGUGGAAAAGAAAAUGAUUUUUGCACUAAUUCAACAAAGAAUAAGCAGAAACCUCCAAGUACCAAAGCACCAACUGUCAGAACUCCUGUUAAAAGGCCUCCAUUCGAGUCCAGAUCAGCAGACAAGCGCUUAGAACCCAAGAAAUUACAGUUAGAUAUGGACCAUGAGUGCAAAGGGAGGACUCCUGUUCCUGGUGAUGAAAAAUCAUCAGCAACUGACAAUCCAAACAAAAUUUCCGAAAGCAUUUUGAAAUGCUUAUUGAGCAUUUUCUUAAGAAUGAACUCCAAAAGGACUGGAAGCAUAGCAGAUUCAUUACCUUCACUGUCUACAUUGAGUUCUUGUGAGGGCUUUGAGGAUGCAGAUUUUAAGGAUCCAUAUGGUAUCUGCUCAGAUUUUGGCAAGAGAGAUAUUGGUCCAUAUAAACAUUUAUUUGCUAUAGAGGCAAGCUCUAUCAAUCCAAACCGAACCACAGUAUCCGUGUUCCUACUUCAUAGACUAAAGGUUUUACUUGAGAAAUUAUCAUCAGUUGAUUUAAAAGGCCUCACUCAUCAAGAGAAGCUUGCUUUCUGGAUCAACAUUUACAAUUCUUGUAUGAUGAAUGCAUAUCUUGAACAUGGAAUACCAGAGAGUCCUGAAAUGGUAGUUGCAUUGAUGCAAAAGGCAACCAUAAAUGUUGGAGGUCAUUUUCUCAAUGCAAUAACUAUUGAGCAUUUCAUACUCAGACUGCCAUAUCAUUCAAAAUAUACUUUUGCAAAAGGGGCCAAAAAUGAGGAAAUGUCAGCACGUAGCAUUUUUGGAUUGGAAUUAUCAGAACCACUGGUUACAUUUGCUCUUUCCUGUGGAAGCUGGUCUUCACCUGCUGUGAGAAUGUACACAGCAGCUGAGGUUGAAAAUGAGCUGGAAGUGGCUAAAAAGGAGUACUUGCAGGCCACAGUUGGCAUUUCAACUACAAAGAAGGUGGUGGCAAUUCCAAAACUAUUGGAUUGGUAUAUGCUUGAUUUUGCUAAGGACUUGGACUCGCUGGUUGAUUGGAUAUGCCUUCAACUACCGAUUGAACUUGGAAAAGAAGCGAUUAGCUGCCUUGAUAGGGAGAGAAAUCAGCCUCUGUCACAAUUUCUUGAAAUUGUGCCGUAUGAGUUCAGUUUCAGGUACCUAUUGCAAACAUGAAUAAAUUUUGGUUUAGUUCCUUCCUCUACAUAGUAUCAUUGGUUAGUCAUUGGGUCUGUGUAUACAUCUAUAGAUACAUGAUGCAAGAAAUGUAUAAUCUUCUCCACUCUUGUAAGUAAAUUUUGACUCUCAAGAAAUUUUCUGUUGAAA